CCUUUACGUUACGUAGAAAUUCAAAAUCUCAAUCUUGGGCACUAGCUACAAGGUUUUAGACACGCUGCAGUUUUGGACAACAUGAGCAGAUCAAAAGCCCUGGAAGACAUUACCGCACUUAAGGAAGAGACGGAAACGCUGAAAAACUCGCUGGCUCCAAUAUCAACGCGCACUGCGGAUCUAAUCAAACGCAUAAGCGAAAGCCUCCCAAAAAUGUAUGCUCCCUUAGGAACUGAUCGUGGUGGCGCAGGGGCCGAGAAGAAAGGCAGUUACAAUGAUGGCACUAAGGGAGUUAAUGCAGCUCGGAAAGAGGUUGAAACUCUGAUAGGAGAUCCAACACCGCUGAACCCAAUUGUGAAAAUGCUGGGAGACACGGUCAAAGCCCUCAAAACUCUGGAGGAUCGUCUCAAAGAAGCGAGGGAUAAGAAGUAACAUAUAUAUAUAUAUAUAUAGUACAUGAUGAUCAGAGAGAUCAUGAUAUGAUCACUAUAUGUGACCAUCUCCAUAUAAUAAAAUAUAUUAAUAAAUAAUGAGGAGAUGGUCAUUAGAUCACUUUGAUCAUAUGUACUAACUAAUUAGUCUGCAUCAUCUAUAUUAUAUGUUUGUUGCUUGGUGUUGCACUGUGUACGUACGUACGUACUAGCUAGUUUGGUUUGGUAUUUAAUUUCAAAACGCAUGCAUGCAUGCAAGUGUGUUUCUAUGUUAUAAUCAUCUGUAUUCAGCGGAUGUCUAUUAACGUCGUUUAUGCUU